UUUACAAUUAUCACUCAGCACGUGCUGUACAACAGGCGAAAGAAAAGAUUUCAACUGCUGCUUUCUUGACUAGCACUGCUGUAAAGCUAACCAUGGGAGGAAUGGAGUGUCUGAUUGGGAUCCAGUGUGACUCGUUCACCAUCCUAGCCCACGACAACUUCGCAGGGCGUAGCAUUCUAGCUAUGAAGCAAGAUCAAGACAAGCUCUUCAAAUUAGAUGAUAAUGUCGGAAUAGUUGUCUGUGGAGAAGCUGGAGACACUGUUUACUUUGGAGAGUACGUUCAGAAAAACAUUGCUCUGUAUCGCACAAGAAAUGGCUAUUCUCUGAGCAUCGAAUCAACGGCACACUUCACUCGCAAUGAGCUAGCCGAGUCUCUUCGAAGCCGACGUCCGUUUGUUGUCAAUUUAUUGCUGGGAGGCUUUGAUUCAAAGGAGUCUAAAUCCUAUCUCUAUUGGAUGGACUACCUUGGAACACUUGGCACUGUGCCGUACGGUGCUCAAGGCUAUGGCUCCAACUUUGUCCUGGGCCUGCUCGAUCGUUACCAUCGUUCCAACAUGACCGUGGCCGAGGGGGUGGAGCUUCUGGAGAAAUGCGUCAAAGAAAUUCAGAAAAGAUUGAUUAUUAAUUUGCCGUCGUUUUCGUAUUAUGUCAUCGAUUCGAAUGGAUUUUCUGAGAAGAGAACAAUCACUGCAUCAGCUGGCAGUGGUGAGGGAGCAGUGCCCUCCAGCUCAGUCAGUGAGGUUGCUAUGAUGUCUUGAACAAUUCAAACUAUACAUUAUAAUUAUAUAGGAUACUUAGUUUAUAUACAACUAUAUUAUAAUGUAUGCUAUCAUGCAUGUUCAAAGUUACGACAAGUGUCUUUAUUUGCUUUAUUGUUGCAUAUAUAAUCAGUCAUGACUUGUGACUGACUUAUUGUAUAUACAAUAUUCAUGCAACAUUUUUUCAUCAGAUGAUGUCACAUUGACUAUAUAUAUUGAUAACUCAA